AUGUGGGUCCCGUUCAUUUUUAGGUCUACGACGGAAAGCAUGCAUGGCACGCAGGUGGAGCACUACUUUUCGGACGCCAACCUGCCGACCGAUGCCUUCCUACUGCAGCAGGUCGCCAAGCACCCCGAGGGUUAUGUCCCCCUCGCCGUCAUCAUGUCGUUCAAGAAGAUGAGGCGGUAUGGAAAAGACCCAGCCGUCGUGGCCGCAGCUCUGAGGUCCAGCGAGCUGCUGGAGGUCAGUCUGAGCGGCAAGGCGGUGCGGCGCAGGGAGCCGCUGAAGGCGGUGGACCACUCCGAGCUGCGUUCCAGGACGCUGCUCAUCACCGGCCUGCCCGACAAGUCCUCCAUCGAGGAGCUGGAGGGACGGUGCAGGCCCUACGGCACCCUGGGCUUUGUGAAGAUCCGGAAGCCGGAGGUGCUGGACCCCCUCAUCGCCUUCAACCCCCGCUUCAUGACCUGGGUGGGGCACCGCUGGUACGGGCUCGUGGAGUACUCGAGCUCGGAGGAAGCCCACAGGGCCAGGGCUGCGCUGGACUCCACCGACUCCUGGCGCGGGGGCCAGAGGGCAGCCAUCCUCAACGUCCUGCCCCAAGGCAAGGCGGCCCGGCCCCCCAAGCAGGCGGGCCCAGACAGGCAGGGAGCUGGGGCUUCAGGGAUUGGCGGGGCGGCCGCAGGGCCGUCCGUGGGAGCCACAGACGACGCGGUGCAGGAGUGUGAGGCCCAGGCUCCCGACGGCGGCAGGGAGGGGCAGCCGCCCGGCGGCCCCAAGGCCAAGGCCAAGCCCGCCCGCCGCGACUACUCCGCCUGGGCCAGCGCAUCGCAUGCCUCCCCCGGAGCGGGGGCUGGGGCAAGGGAGGGGCCCCGUCAACCCCGCAUGGCGGUGCCGGGGGAGAAGGGAUUUGGCAUGGGCAGGGGCAAGCCGCUGCCAGUGCCGGCGUGA